AGGGCGAGGGGCGGGGCGAGCGCCACAGACGGUGGCCGGAAGGGGCGAGCGGCCCCGCAGCCUCUCGCUCCGCUCCGGUAUCCCCCCGGUUCCGCCAUAGCCCCCGGUGCCCGCCGCCAUGUCCGAGCUGAAGGACUGCCCGCUGCAGUUCCACGACUUCAAGUCUGUGGACCACGGGAAGGUUUGUCCCCGGUACACGGCAGUGCUGGCCCGCUCCGAGGACGACGGCAUCGGCAUCGAGGAGCUGGACACGCUGCAGCUGGAGCUGGAGACGCUGCUCUCCUCCGCCAGCCGCCGCCUCCGGGUGCUGGAGGCCGAGACUCAGAUCCUGACGGAUUGGCAGGAUAAGAAGGGCGACCGGCGGUUUCUGAAGCUGAGCAAAGAGCACGAUGUGGGCACCUCUGUCAAACACGGGAAGCCCAAAAAGCAGAAGCUGGAGGGCAAAGGGGGGCACGGGACCGGGCCUGGCCCCGGCAGGCCCAAAUCAAAGAACCUGCAGCCCAAGAUCCAGGAAUAUGAGUUCCAGGAUGAUCCCAUUGACGUGCCCCGCAUUCCCAAAAAUGAUGCUCCAAACAGGUUCUGGGCAUCGGUGGAGCCGUACUGUGCCGACCUCACCAAUGAGGAGGUCAGAGUCCUGGAGGAGCUGCUCAAGCCGCCAGAGGAUGAGGCUGAGCAUUACAAGAUCCCGCCCCUGGGGAAGCAUUAUUCCCAGCGCUGGGCCCAGGAGGACCUGCUGGAGGAGCAGAAGGAUGGAGCCCGGGCUGCAGCCGCUGCUGACAAGAAGAAAGGUGUUCUGGGGCCCCUGACCGAGCUGGACACCAAAGGUGCUGCUGUCCCCAAACCUGACAGUGCCUGGAAGGGUUGGGAGCAUCCACCCCAAGCCCUGGGGGUGACGGGUGCCCUGCUCCGCUGCUCACCUCUGUUUGGGGCUUUUCCCUCUUGCUUCCUCCCAGAUGUCGAUGCUCUCUUGAAGAAGUCAGAAGCCCAGCAUGAGCAGCCAGAGGAUGGGUGUCCCUUUGGGCCCCUGACACAGCGUCUCCUGCAAGCUCUCGUGGAGGAGAACAUCAUCUCCCCCGUCGAGGACUCCCCCAUCCCCGAGAUCGCCGGCAAGGACUCGGGAGCUGACGGUGCUGGAACGUCUCCCCGCAGCCAGAACAAGCCCUUCAGUGUCCCGCACACCAAGUCCCUGGAGGGACGCAUCAAGGAGGAGCUGGUGGCCCAGGGCCUGCUGGAGUCGGAGGACCGGCCGGCAGAGGACUCGGAGGAUGAGGUCCUGGCAGAGCUGCGCAAGAGGCAGGCAGAGCUCAAGGCUCUCAGCGCCCACAACCGCGCCAAGAAGCACGAGCUGCUGCGGCUGGCCAAGGAGGAGCUGCACAGGCAGGAGCUGCGGCAGCGUGUUCGCAUGGCUGACAACGAGGUGAUGGAUGCCUUCCGCAAGAUCAUGGCAGCCCGGCAGAAGAAGCGAACGCCUACCAAGAAGGAGAAGGACCAGGCUUGGAAGACCCUGAAGGAGCGGGAGAGCAUCCUCAAGCUGCUGGAUGGGUAAUGGGGGCUGAGGAUACCCCCAGGGCAUGGACUUCAGCAGCCAGGGGUGGUGGCUGUGUCCCUGUCACCUGCAGGAUGCCAGCCUGCCUGUGCUCACCGUGCAGUGUGGGACAGAGGGGUGCAGC